UGAGCAAUGUGAAGAAUGUUGAUGACACUUUUACAGAAGAAUAUCUUACUUGCCAACAAAUUAACCAUUCUUUCAAAGAAGCUGACCAAUAUCUAAGUCUUGAUGGUAAUUCUCUGGCUCCAGAAGAUUUGGUGAACCUUGGUUUGGGUACAUAUAAAAUAAAGUUGACCGAGAAGUCCUGGGAGAAGGUCACAAAAGCUAGGUUACUAUUAGAAAACAUCAUCAAAGAAAACAAAGUGGCUUAUGGUAUUAAUACUGGUUUUGGGAAGUUUGCCAGUGUAGUGAUUCCUACUGAGAAGUUAAGUGAUUUGCAGGAAAACUUGAUCAGAUCCCAUGCAGCAGGAGUCGGAGAACCCUUAAAUAUUCAGAAGACGAGGAUGUUGAUGGCUUUACGUAUUAAUGUGUUGGCUAAAGGAUACAGUGGAAUUUCGUGCGAGACAUUACAGCAGUAUAUUGACGCCUUUAAUGUGUCUUGUUUACCAUGUGUGCCAGAGAAGGGUACUGUGGGUGCAAGUGGUGAUCUGUCCCCCUUGGCACAUCUAGCCCUUGGAUUGAUGGGAGAAGGUAGAAUGUGGAGUCCCAAAAGUGGAUGGGCUGAUGCUAAAAUUGUUCUGGAAGCAAACAACUUGAAACCAAUCAAACUUGGACCAAAAGAGGGAUUAGCACUUAUAAAUGGUACACAACUCAUAACGGCAAUUGGAGCAUUAGCUUUGGAGAGAGCAGAAGUCAUUGCCAAACAGGCUGAUGUCGUGGCAGCUUUGACUUUAGAGGUACUCAAAGGUACAACAAGAGCAUUUGACAGUGAUAUCCAUGCAUCACGACCGCACAAAGGACAGAGAGAUGUUGCUGCAAGAUUCAGGGCAUUGCUUCACUCAGAAUAUCAUCCUUCUGAAAUUGCUGAAAGUCACCGUUUUUGUGACCGUGUACAAGAUUCAUAUACUUUAAGAUGCUGUCCACAAGUGCAUGGGAUUGUACAUGAUACAAUAGAUUUUGUAAGGGGAAUCAUCUCAACUGAAAUGAACAGUGCAACAGACAAUCCUAUGGUAUUUCCUGAACGUCAUGAAAUUAUAUCUGGUGGCAACUUCCAUGGAGAAUAUCCCGCAAAAGCACUUGACUAUUUAGCAAUUGGUAUCCAUGAAAUAGCUAGCAUCAGUGAAAGAAGAAUUGAAAGACUAUGUAAUCCAGCAUACAGUGGUCUACCCGCAUUCCUGGUCAAUGAUGGUGGUUUUAAUUCUGGAUUUAUGUUGGCACACUGUACAGCAGCAGCUCUUGUGUCUGAGAAUAAAGUGUUGACACAUCCAUCAUCAGUUGAUUCAUUGUCAACCAGUGGAGGUACAGAGGAUCAUGUAUCCAUGGGUGGAUUUGCUGCGAGAAAAGCUCUCACUGUGGUAGAACAUGUUGAACAUGUUGUUGGCAUUGAAUUACUGGCUGCUUGCCAAGGUAUAGAAUUUCUAAGGCCCCUAAAAACAACUAAGCCUUUAGAAGCAGUACAUCAGCUGGUGCGUUCAGUUGUAAAAUCCUGGGACAAAGAUAGGUACAUGGCUCCUGAUAUUGAAGCAGUAACAAAAUUACUUCGAGAGGAAAAAGUGUGGGAAAUCGUGAAACCAUACACACUAAAUUAUCAUGAUGAAACCAUCCAUGAAACCAGAGUACCAUCACCAACAACCACCACAUUCUAUCCACGUUCAAAAAGGAUGAAGAUGGAUUCUGAAUCAUCCAUAGAGUGAAAACAAUUUGCCAAUAUUUACACCAUGCUUAUGCUUGUGCAAACUGUUGUAAUACAGUGCGUUUUCUGACAAUUAGUACAGACUAACAAAGUGUUCGAAAAAAUCUAGCUGUGACUGAGCACUUAUAUGCAUAGCAGCAGAAUUUACUGUUAUAUUGGUAUAUACUGUGAACGUUUUAGACCUCUUAGCCUGUGCUAAGGGAACUGUGCAGUACCACAACUAAUCGUUGUGGUUAAUCAUUUUGAAAUUACUUAAUAUUUUUUGGUAGCACCAUUGUACUAAUCAUGCAUAAUUAAUGUUUUAGUCUGGGGAUGGAUUGGGUUCUGUUCAUCCGUCACAUUAACUCAGAAGUUCAUGGAUUGAUUUCCCCCAAACUUGAUACAUAUGGUAUAUGUAUACCCCAGAUUUUUUUCCUGUUCCAAUAAUAAAAUGGUCGACUGGUGGCCAUAUUUGACCUAAAAAUAGCCUUAAAAAAGUUAACAUUUUAUAUGUGUAGAGCAUUAUCUCCAAGCUGUGCUGGUCGAUUCUGCUCAAAUUUAGAAUAUGGUAACAUAUUUGCUUA